AUGGACUCCAGCUCCGUCAAGCAGUCUGUUAUGAAACAGGUCACCGCCGAGGCGAACCUUGCCAACGCCAGAGUUCUUAUUGAGAAGCUUCAAGAAUCCUGUUUUGAAAAGUGCAUCGCGAAACCUGGAAGCUCCCUUUCCAGCAGUGAGCAGACAUGCAUGACGAUGUGCAUGGAGAAGUACAUGGCCACUUGGAACCAGGUCAACUCGGCCUAUAUCAACCGUAUUCGACAGGCGCAGGGCAACCAGUAG